CUUGUCACAACCCUCACCCUCCAUUCCACGUCUGUUAGUCCCCAUGUCAUGCCAUUGCUCCGUAUUUGGCAGGACAGCCGCCAACCGCGAUGCACGAAACGCGAGUCACCAAGCCAACCAGCGCACAGCAGCCGUCUCGAUCGGGAAGACGACGAGGACCCUAUGCGCUGCGCGCCUGCGAUGCGUGUCGAAGGCGCAAGGGGAAAUGCGACGGGAACCAGCCCUGCGGACACUGCGCAGGACGAGGGCGGGCCUGCCUUUUCAGCAGCGUCGCGCAGGGCGAGGUCUUUGCGCUGGAUGCCACAUGCAUUGAUGACUUGGAACCGCAGGACGAGGACGAACAGAGGGCGUCAUUGUCGCCCAUGAGAACGCGAGGGUUUGAACCGUUCUCGAAUCAGUGCGCACAGGUGCCAGGGCAAGAUCCAAUGUCACUAUCGCAAGCAAUCCGGCACGUCGACCAGAGCGAGGGAGGGCAGGAGUCGUUGCUCAAUCUGGUGGCGCAGUUGCAACGACAACUCGACAAUCUGGCUUCCAGGGUCAACCUGCCUGAGCCGGUGCCAGCAAUAGCCCUAGGCGGUCCUGCUCAACAACACCAUACCAGCCUGCCAUCUCCAACACGUCCGAUAUCCUUCCCCCAGGCGACCACCCGGCGACCCGACAGCUCGGGCGCAGAGACAUCACCCUUGUCUGCGCGCAACUUCUGCGGACCAACGAGCCCAGACUACAGCUUAAAUAUGGCGCAGAUGAAGCUGAGGCAAAGGAGCCACUCGAUCUCCAUCCAGCCGCGGCCAACGCUGGCGAGCAUGAACAAUGGGGCGACACAUGGCGGGGACGACGAGCACCCUGAUGGAAUGAGCCAGAUAUCAACAGAGUCUCGGCGAUCGCAGCGGGCGGAAAAUUUGAAGCUGCUAUACUUUCGGUCAAUCCUGGGUCUGGAAGACAUCAAAAAGCUACUGCACAUUUAUCAAGAGGUCGUGGGGGAAUUUCAUCCUGUCGUCGACAUCGAAGAGCUGGCUGAACAGGCCCAUUCUUGGUGCAGUGGCUCCGGCUUGGAAUCCUCGAACCAGACGGCUGCAGAGGAGAACAAUCUGCUGAUCCUCAAUCUCGCACUGGCCAUUGCUUUGCGAGCUGAGUCCACGAGCGCAACGUCUAACGCCGAGAUGGCCUUGCAAUCGCGGUUCCAAGAUGCGCUCAACGCCAAGCUCGCUGCCCCGGCGACAACCAUCAAGGAUGUCGUGAUUGUGUUGUUAGCGGGCCUGUAUGACUACUUCCAGGACGAGCCACGCUGUGCUUGGCGCAUGUGUGGCACGGCAGGCCGGCUCUUGAUGGAGCUCGGCUUCCACAAUGGCGAGGUCUCCAAGCACAUCCUCACAUCGGAGGCGCAGAAAAGAGAGGUGGCCGUGGUGACAGCCAGCGUUGUCAUCCUGGACCGGCAGUGGAGUGCCGCGACAGGCUUGCCGCCCAACUUCCAGGACUCGUCCUUUGACACCGUCCCUCGGCAUCUGAUCGAAUCACCAUAUCUCAACGCCAUGACGGCGUUUCUCAUCAUCAGCGACAAAUUUGCCGACUCGAUAUCGAAGGCGGCAAAGGGGGACAUAAACCAAGACAACGAUACCUAUGAAAUCAUGAACUUUCAGCUCGAACAAUGGCGGAGAAAGGCAAUUGGGCAGCAGUCAUUGAGCCAAAUCAGGGUUCAACUUGCAUCUCCGUCGACGAGACCCCCUUCCUGGACAAUACUGCUCGCAUUACGCGCAGAAUCAGUGCGGACGCUGCUGCUUCGCCCAUUCUUCUUCCCCAAUACCGACGAGGAGAUUGGCGAGAGGAACGUCCGUCCGGCGCUGGACUUGGUCUCCAAUGUCGUGCACAUCUUAUACACGCUGGACACGGAGACAGACCUAUAUCGCAUGCAGCGGCCUUUUUACCAGCAUGUCCUUGCUUCCACAUGCGCUUUGUUCUUCCUGCUGGUCACGUUUGUGGAAAGACGAAGCAGUGAAUUCACAGAGAGCGUCAUUGAGCAUAGGAACUGCAUCCAAGCGACCUUUCACAUGGCCAUGACGUUGGCUGUCAAGUAUGGCCCGGUGUCGAGAGCAUCUCGGCGACUGGGCAAACGACUCGUGGAGCUACGGGACACCUUGGAUCAGUUGGGUGUCCUUGACGUCAAUGGACACAGGUCUUUGAGGGACCAGGCAACCGUGGAUAGCAGCAGUCAUCAUCCAAUGCCCUGGAACAACCAAGCUGCAGGCUCGUCCAGCGUGGAACACGAUCGAGCCACCGCAAGCCAGCCAACGAAUCCCCAGGUCUACUCCCAGUUCGUUGGGCCACAGACGGUGAUUCAAGGGUACGCAUCACAUGCACUUGACGGAGACAGGAGCUUUCAAACCGGCUGGGCAGAGUCCAUCUUAUUCGACUGGCCCAUGGCAGAGCAGGAAGCAAUGUUUGGUCUGAGGAAGAACCCCUGAAUUUCACUCUACGAAUAACCAACGGCCGCUUUUGGCCUCUCCUCUUCCACCUUCUUAUUCCACCGGAAUCCCUCCCAUCGCUCAAAUCCUUCCGUGACGAUCCCCAUCUGAUCCAACAU